AUGCGCAAGCAGCGAGCCAGUGAACGUUUUCGUGAGACAGAGGAGAUUGAGGAGGAGGACGACAGGUUCUCCAAGAAGCGCGCUCGUCCUGCGCCCUCAAAAGCCGUGGCUAUGAAACCGAAGAAGCGUAUCUUGGCAGAGAGUGAGGAGCAGGACGACUCCUUUGUGUUUCCUGGCGGAUAUCAAGUGGGUGUUGCUCCGCCGCCCAACAGGGGAGCGACGACCAAGGCACCGCCGCCUACCAAAGCUAGGCGUAACUCUGGUGACAAAGCGGCUGACAAGGACAAGCCGGAGGGCAGCGGCGCCGGCCGUCGCGUCAGUGUGGUCAAGUACACUGCGCAGAAAGUCGUGAAUGAUUUCGUGGAGCUUUGUCUGUUAUUAAUGGGGCCUUGCUUCUUUUCUGCUGCAUGCUGGGUGCUCUGUUGCUCUGUCUGCUUUAGCUUGAUUAGCGCUUGUUCUCAGGACUGUCACUUGGUGGACUGGCUGAGCUAUGCCGACGAGGACUUCAUGCACAGGGGCAUCAUCAACACAUUGACUCGAACGCCUCUUUAUGGGCUUCUGUUGUUCGCCACGGGCUGGGGGCCGGGCACCGUCAAAGUUUCGGACAUACCGGAGGAGGUGAAGAAGGCGUGCAAGGGACAGUACGUCAAGCGCGGUUGUCCAGUGCAGUGGACAGGCUGGACGCCAGUGCAAUGCCAUGCGUACAUCAAAUGGCAAGUGCGGCACCAGGAGGAGUUGGAUUUGGAUGACGAUGAGCUUGGCGGCUUUGCCUGGCACCUUCCAAGGAAACAGGAGGACGGCCGCCCCGCGGACCUCCCGGACUAUGUGCUCAAUGAUUCUCUGCCGCCGCCUGACUGGGCAGGAUGGAAGGAACGUCGCACGCCUGAGUCGGACGAAGACGACCUAGAUCCAGAGUUAGUCGGGUACAAGCUCCAGCACUUCCCGAAGGACGACGUGAGCACCCUCACCCAUGUCCUCACAAAGGUGUCUGUGGACCUGGACUACAUGGAGGGGUCAAGCAUCCGCACAAACUCGUUUGAAGGCGAUGUCAUCACGGGCCCCCAUCUCGACGACAACACUUGCUGGCAGAUCAUGAAUGAGUGUGGCAAGUCUCUGGACAGAACUUUCAUGAGCUCGUGGUUCUAG